AUGUCUGAAGCAGCCAAGCCCGACCCCGCCGCCGAGCAGAUCGCCAACCCUGCGGCGACUCUUGUUCAGGACGAGACCGCAAAGGUCACCACCGACAAGGCGUCUGACAAGCCCGAGACCACCACAGAGAGCAAGGAUGACAAGCCCAUCACAGAGAAGGCGACAGAGGCAGCGGCCGCAGUAAAGGACAACGUCUUUUCCAUGUUCGGUGGCGGCCCCGCAAAGGUCAAGAAGGAGGAGGCCGACGAUGUCGACGAGCCAUCAGGUGCUUCCAAGCCCAAGGGCGAGGUGCGUAUGUGCUACGGUGUUUUCGAGGAUGUACUGACAAGGCGACAGGACGAGGACCCCGAGAACGAAGAGCCCGAUGUCGACUUCCAGCCCGUCGUCCACCUCACCGAGAAGGUCGACACCAAGACCAACGAGGAGCUCGAGGAGCAAGUGUUCAAGAUGCGCGCCAAGCUGUUCAAGUUCGACAGGGAAUCGCGGGAGUGGAAGGAGCGCGGCACUGGUGACGUCCGGUUACUGAAGCACAAGGAGAAUGGCAAGACCCGUCUCGUCAUGCGCCGUGACAAGACCCUCAAGGUCUGCGCCAACCACUACGUUGUUCCCGACAUGAAGCUGUCGCCCAACGUCGGCAGCGACCGCAGCUGGGUCUGGAACGCCGCGGCCGAUGUCAGCGAGGGCGAGCCCGAGGCUCAGACCCUGGCGAUCCGUUUCGCCAACAGCGAGAAUGCCAACCAGUUCAAGGAGGCCUUCAUCAAGGCCCAGCAAGAGAACGAGGCGCUUUUCGGCAAGUCGGAGCAGUAA